GCAGGUAGCGGCUGAGUCUCCUCACUUGGCACUUGGCGCGCCAUUCAAUGGUCGUGAAGCAGUCUUGGAGUGACGUGCCGGCAUCGGAAGUUUAUCGUCGACUGUAUCGCGGAGAUGUAUAACCAAGAGAUGAUAAAGAGUCGUGGUCGCACAAAGGCAAUGGCCCACGUGCCAAGCAACAAGUCGUAGAACAAGAUGGCGACUCUUUCGGUUUUGUUUUUCGCAGCGACGGCAUUGGCACAGGGCACAAAGUACGGCGGAAACCAUGUUGUGACCCAGUUCGACUCGCAGAUUGUGGAGCAGGGAGCAUUCCCGGCGCCUAAUGUCACGCUGUACAGUCCUGCGUUCCUACCGAAUGCAUCUUUUGCUCCUGGGUGGACUGAGGGCACUAAGGGCGCGACAAGCGAGGCAGAUCUGGAUGCCUUCCUGCAGAGCUUUGCGCAGAAGAACGCUGCCUGGGCGACAUACAGAAAUGCCGAUUUCUUGAGCGAAGAGGGCAAGUUCUUCCCGUACGUUCGUCUUGCGACCGAUACGAACUCGACGAGCAAAGUCCGAGUCUGGAUCCAAGGCUCUGUGCAUGGAAACGAACCUGCUGGCGAUGAAGCGACUCUCGCGCUGCUCGGCGCGAUGGAUGCAAACCCCACAUGGGCUGCUGGUUUCCUCGAGAAGCUCGAGAUCAUUGUCCUGCCUCGCUACAACCCUGACGGCAACGCGUACUUCCAACGUACUUUGGCGACCAACUUCGACCCUAACCGCGACCACGUUAAGCUCGUUCGUCAACAGACCCGUGAUAUCAAGCAAUGGUUUAGUGCCUUCUCUCCACACAUCGCUAUCGACAUGCACGAGUACGGCGCACGCUCCAGGUACGCUGGGAACUACAGCAACGCUGCAGACGGCAUGUACAGCGCUGCGAAGAACUUGAACAUCCACCCGGCGAUCCGUAAACUUGCCGAGACCGCCUUUGCACCUGCGAUUGGCGCCUCGCUGGAUUCAAAGGGGCUGCGCGGUGAGCCCUACGUUACCGCGUCUCGGUCGGCGAACCCGGUUCGCUUCGAUGAAGCCGGUACUGAUGCGAAAAUUGGCCGCAACGCCAUGGGUCUGACGCAGUCGGUCACUUUCCUGUUCGAGACACGCGGUAUUGGAAUUGCGAAUCAGUCUUUCAAACGUCGAACUCUUGGUGGACUGCAGAUGAUCCUUGGUGUGCUCGAGACAGCCCGCGAUCAGGCCGAGGAGGUGUACAGCACGAUCGAGGGAGCCAUUGAGGAGGUGAUUGCGAGCCAGGAACCGAUCGUGGUCACUGAUUACACGACAUACUCCAACCGUACGUGGACCAUGGUCGACACUCGCAAUGGCGAGGUCGUGCAGCUCCCUGUUGAGUUCGCGUCAACGACACCUGUCACGCCGAACAGAACAGUCACAAGACCCGAGGGCUACGUCAUCCCUCGUGCGUGGUCUGAUCUCGCUGAGCGACUCCGAGUAUCUGGUCUCGAGGUCGAGACGCUGCUGGAAGGCUUCAAAGGCGAAGUCGAAGUAUACAACAUCACAUCUUCGACCCUCGCGAGCUCUUACUACGAGGGUGCGAUCCUCAACACCGUCACGACCGACACGUUGCGUCAGAACGUAACACUCCCGUCAGGUAGCUUCUUCGUGAAGAGCGCACAGAAGAAUGCUGGUUUGGCCUUCGUUGCGCUUGAGCCGGAGAACAUCGAUUCGUACGUGAGCUUUGGCAUCGUGCCUCUGGGAGUCGGCGACUUGUUCCCCGUGUUCAGGAAGCUCUGAAGUAGGCCUGCGUAGUCUGGACAAAUGUCCGACCGUAUGUGGAUGCAGU